UUACCUCUUCCGGAAGUUGUUACGUCCCUUGACCACGCAUGAGUUUCCACGUAAGCGACUUACACCAGAAGUGGUCGUCGUUGGUUCGUUUUCGUUUGCCACUCACUUUGUCGUGUCGCCGGCCGCUCUUACAAACAACAACAUAUUUACACACAUACCAACACCUGCACGCGUGUAAUCACAGCAGAAGAACCAGCAUUUCACAUCUGUGAUGUUAAACAUAUUCUCUCCAGUUUGUAAUCUGUUUAUGUCAUCUCGCUAUUUAAUUUUAUUCCAGUGAUUUUGUUAUAAAGUGUGAAUGGAUGGAGCAGAAGACAAACGUCUGACAUUUACCCUAUGACUCUAAUAUCACCACUGCCAACAACCACUUCAUCAACAACAAACUACAAACAAUAAUAAUUAAUAAUAAUUAAUAUUUUCUAUAUAAAAAGAAAAAAAAAUUGUCAAUUGUCGCCAUCUCCACCAUAAUCCCCAUUAUUUAUGUGAUAUCAACAAAAAGAAGAAAACAAGACUUAUCAUAAUUACAUUUUUUUUGCGUACUUUUGUUGUCACAUUACCGAACACUAUCUUCGGGUUCGUUUGUGUCACCAUUUAUCCAAAAGAGAAAAGUGAACCAUGUUAAGAAGUCUAUCGAGCGACAUUUAAAGUCUGAUUGUAAGUUCGAGAAAGAAAGCGAGGAAAAACACGCAAGGUGUAAGAAACCCCCAAAUUUUCCCCUAUUGAACCAACUUCCGCUUCAAAUUAGUCAUCUACAACACGACCCUUCAUUUUGUUUGGUUUUUUUCGUCUCAGUACUGAAGUGUGUUUCUAUGUGACACUAUUAAAUAAGACAAUAAACUUUCAUAUUUAUAAUAAUACCCAUUAUAUUAUUAUCAUUAUAACUUAAUUAGCAGUGUCAUUCUACACGUACUUGAUUCAAGAUGAUGGAAGUAACAGAUUGUCAAAAAAUUGGUGUUGGUCUUGCUGGCUUUGGAAUAACAUUCCUCUUCUUAGGAGUUUUAUUCUUUUUUGAUAAAGGACUGCUAGCAUUUGGAAAUAUACUAUUUAUAAGUGGCUUGGGGUGUGUCAUUGGGCUGGAGAGGACUUUUCGGUUCUUCUUUCAACGGCAUAAGGUGAAGGCAACUGGUUUCUUUGUAACUGGUAUACUUAUUGUACUUAUCGGUUGGCCAGUCAUCGGUAUGUGCUUAGAAAUGUAUGGAUUCUUCUUAUUAUUUAGUGGUUUCUUCCCAGUUGCUGUAAAUUUUCUACGUCGUGUACCUGUAAUUGGCACUAUUCUCAAUCUACCAGGAAUUAGUUCUAUUGUUAACCGACUGGGUGAAUCCAAUUCCAUGAAUAAAGUCUGAUGUCAUUUAUCUUUAGUUUGUUCCAAAUAUUUUUUUAAGAGAUGAUGUUUGAGUGGGAUGGAGGCAACAGACAGAUGCAUUUAAAAGCUAUUUGUCUUGUGAUGUCUCAUAAUGAUGAUACAGCUAUUACUAAUGAUGAUGAUGAUUUCUUACAGAGGUACAAGACCAGUCAUUUGGAAGGAAGGGAACUAUCAAUGAUAUCAAUUGACACUAAUACUUACUUCAGCCAUUUAUCCACCCUGGACCAAUGAAAACUAAAGUUGUCCCCGGUGGGAUGUGAACUCAGGAUGUAAAAAGCUGUAACCAAAAACUACAAGACAUUCUGCCAAACUUUCAAAUGAUUUUACUAAUAAAACAAAUAGUUGUUUCUAAUGUAGGUACAAGGCCAGAAAUUUGAGGAGAGGGGUAAAUAGCUCAAAUUAGCACCAGUGCUUGACUAGUGCUUUAUUUUGUCAAUCCUAAGAGGAUGAAAGGCAAAGUUGAACUUGGAAUAUUAGAAGCUGGAAUCAAGGAACAAAACACAGCUUUUGUCUUCCCAUAAUGAAAAUUAAUCUUAAGUUUCCAACAAGGAAACACAAAAAUAGUGGGGGGAAACAUUUUCAUUCGUAUAAUUCAUUUACCAAGUUUAUUCUUAGGUUUAUAAUAAAAUUACAAUGAAAUUUAAAUAAUGAUAAUAAUUAUAAUAAUACUAAUAAUUCAGAAAUAUAUUUAUGUAUUAUCAUACUUUGAAAAGAUGAUUGUGACAUUUUUGUCAUAAAACAAAGACAACCUCAAUAGUCAUUCAAUAAAAUUCUUGUGACAUCAAAAACAUACAAUGCUCGCUGAUAAGAAUAAAUAUUCUAAAAUGGAUUGAGAAAUUCAAAGCAUUUAUUUGGUCUGAUAGUAGGACGCC